GAGGAAGCGGGAGACAGACGGACAGACGGACACAGACGCUGCGCCCAGGCCUCACCAUCCAUCGCAAGCAGCCACCGUCUCAGAUGACAUCAUCACGCGCCAUGAACAUCCCCCCCCUGGCUCAGCUCGCCCUGCUCUUCUUCACGCUACUGCUUCCGGGGACUCAGGCCCUUCUGGCUCCGACCACGCCGGACGCCGGCUCCGCCCUCAACCUGACCUUCGACCCCUGGACUCGGACGCUGACCUGGGCCUGCGAGGCCGCCGCGGGGAACGUCACGGUGACGUCAUGCACCGUGAUCUCGUGGGAGGCGGGAAUACAGUGGCAAUUACUGCCCUUCGGUUGCCGCUGCUGGUUCAGGAGGAUGAUGGCACUGCACCACGGUGUCACGCUGGAUGUCAAUGGCACGGUUGGGGGCGCGGCCGCGCACUGGAGGCUGAGCUUCGUCAACGAAGGCGCGGCAGGCUCGGGGGCGGAGAACCUGACCUGCGAGAUCCGAGCCGCGCGCUUCCUGUCCUGCACGUGGCGGGAGGGGCCAGCGGCGCCCGCGGACGUCCGGUACUCGCUGCGCGUCCUCAACUCCACGGGUCACGACGUGGCGCGAUGCUCGGCCCACCCCGACCCCGGGGAUGACGCCAUCACACAGUGCAUUGCGGACGACUUGUCACUGCUGGGGAGUGAGGCCUACUUGGUCGUGACCGGUUGGAGCGGUGCGGGGCCAGUGCGGUUCCUGGACGACGUGGUGGCCACGAAGGCGCUUGAGCGACUCGGUCCCCCGCGUGACGUCACCGCGUCCUGUAACUCCUCCCACUGCACCGUCUCGUGGGCGCCGCCCUCGACCUGGGCAUCCUUGACGGCCAGGGACUUCCAGUUUGAGGUCCAGUGGCAGAGCGCAGAGCCAGGAAGCACACCCCGGAAGGUGCUCGUCGUGGAGGAGACCCGCCUCGCCUUCCCCAGCCCCGCCCCCCACGGAGGUCACAAGGUCAAGGUGCGCGCGGGCGACACGCGGAUGAAGCACUGGGGCGAAUGGAGUCCCACCCAUCCUCUCGAGGCUGAGGACACGCGAGUGUCCGGUGCGGUCCUGUACGCAGUGACGGCCUGCGCGGUCCUACUUUGCGCGCUGGCGCUCGGGGUGACAUGCAGAAGGUUCGAGGUGACGCGCCGACUCUUCCCGCCCAUCCCAGGGAUCAGGGACAAGGUGUCCGACGACAUGCGAGUGAACCCUGAGACCCUCAGGAAGGACCUCCUGCAGCCCUAGAUGUCCCGCUCCCAACGUGACUGACAGGAAGGACUUAAACUUCAUGACAUCAACUGACGCAAUGCUGAUAGACGUCAUCGUGACCGCUCCCCACCCCCACGUCUGGUGUGACUGGACCCCUGUUGCCCUGUCAAUCAAUCACCAAAGUGGGCGUGUCCGGUCUCAUCCUGUCAAUCACCCUGGAAGGGCAUGUUUAACGACAUUGAUGUCACAGUCACAUCACAGUCUCACCAAAUCCUCCCUUGCAGCCCCGCCCACCCCGACAGGAAGCACAGCUGACUGGGAAGCCUUCACUGUCAAUCAAGGCCGCCCAUCCCCUCACUUGCCAAAAAAUCAGUACUCCUGCCUCAGUUCCAGGGAUGGCAGGGACAGCGUGCAUAUCCCCACCUUAAUAGUUUGCUCAGUCCUUAACAAACCCUAACCCUUAAUAUUUUACCUCUACCUUAACAGCCAGCACACACAGACACACAAACUCUGUCAUAAAAUCCAACGUGCCUUCAUGAUCAAAGUUCGAUAGUCAAUAGUACUAGAAGAAUCAUAUGUCUGUAAAAUAAAAGCCAGAACCUUU